AUGGCCGAACAACAUAAUAUCUACGGAUACAAUCCCUCUCUUCCAGCUGCUAUCAUCUUCAUCAUUCUCUUCGGCAUCACAACCGCUUACCACGGCUAUCAACUCACAAAGUCACGAUGCUGGUACUUCAUCCCAUUCGUGAUUGGCGGAAUCUUCCAGGUUCUAGGAUACAUCUGUCGCGCUGCAUCGCAUGACAACUUCUAUGGAAUCCCCUUAUAUGCCAUGCAAUCACUCUUCAUCCUGCUUGCCCCGCCGCUGUACGCCGCAUCGAUCUACAUGAUCUUGGGGCGAACAGUGACUUAUCUUAACGCCGAGCACCUGAGCUUGGUGCCAGUCAAGUGGAUGACAAAGAUCUUUGUGGGAGGAGAUGUGUUUUCAUUUCUCUUGCAGUGUUCUGGCGGUGGCCUCAUGGCUACAGCAGGCUCCAUGCGUGAAACAGGCUCCAACAUCACAAUCGGUGGCCUGGUCGUCCAGCUUCUCUUCUUCGGUUUCUUCGUGGUUGUCACAACGGUUUUUCACUUCCGAAUCUCGCGUCAGCCAACUUCCAGAUCACAGUCAGAUCGUAACCAAACCCGCGGCGAGGGCUUCAGACAGCGCAACUGGUUUACCAUCUUAAUCGGUCUGUACAUUGUUAGCCUUUUGAUUUUGGUCCGGUCCGUGUUCCGCUUGGUUGAAUACAAAGAGGGUUACGAUGGGUACACCAUGACGCAUGAAGUUUUCAUGUACAUCUUUGAUGGUCUUUUGAUGCUCAUCGCUAUGGCUAUCAUGAAUGUGUACCACCCUGCUGAGAUCCUUGGUAAUGGGAAAGGUGAGAGUCAGGGUGGUAUGCAGCUAGAAUAG